GUUGGAGCAGACAAUCCAAGAUGCGAAAGAUCGCCACACAGUUGAUACUGUUGUUGUGUUGGGUAGGUCCGGCGAUGACGUCAGCCGCAUACACGUCAUCAAAUCGGACAGACUACUCUUUGAACUUCUUGGCCAUUUACACCGGAAUGUUCACCAACUUUGGGCAGACUCAGGAGAGCGGCAACGAAAACGACUUUGCCCGGCUAGAACUGAGACCCCUGGAUAUUCCGGCAUUGCAACCG